AUGGGAGACCAGGAAAAGCACCUGGCUCCUGGCUCCUGCCAUCGGAUCAGCGCGGUGCGCCGGCUGCAGCGCACCGGCCACGGCGGCCAUUGGAGGGUGAACCAACGGCAAAGGAAGACCUUUCUCUCUGUCUCUCUCUCUCACUGUCCACUCUGCCUGUCAAAAAAAAAAAAAAAAAAAGUUUUCCUGAGCCACAGAUUCUGUGACUGUAAAAGCGGUUCUAGUUUCCCACUGCUGAGCUUGGGGUGGCUCAUACACGCACGCCUGCCCUCCUCAUACCCUGUGGUGCUCUCCCACCCACUGCUGUUAACGGUAGAGGGGGAAAAGGUCAUUGAGAUGGUCCUGGCCUUGGUCACCUGUGGUCUUGUUCUGGUCAUUGGGUGGUUGGAAAACCAACAUUGCGCCAUGCACACAGGAGCCCUCUACCGACACCUCACCUCGACUGCAUGGGCUCACGACCUUUGGUCUCAGGGCACUUCUGUCCCCUUCAGGUCUUGCGGAAGUUCACAAGCUGCCACUUCUGGUCACCAACCCUUGGCAGCAUCACCCCAGUCACCUCUUCCCAUGCCAGCAGGCGGGGGACAGCAGUCCCCACCCAGGCCGGGCCACAAGGCACGUUACAGAGAGAAAAAGGAAGGGCAGAGAGAGAGAAGACUUCCAUCCACCAUUGUUGCUGUGGAUUUGUUCCUUCUCAUUCCACCACACUCCAUCCACUGGUUCACUCUCCAAAUGGCCGCAUCGGCCAGGCUGGGCCAGGCUGAAGCCAGGAGCCAGAAACCAGGAGAUUCCUCUGGGUCUCCCACGUGGGUACAGGGGCCCAAGCACUGGGACCAUCUUCCACUGCUUUCCAAGGCCAUUAACAGGGAGCUGGAUCGGAAGUGGAGCAGCCGGAACUCGAACCAGUGGCCCAUUUAGGAUGCCGGCACUGCAGACUGAAGCUUUACCCACUACGCCACAGCACCAGCCCCUACUUGCAUAUUUCUAAAUGAGAUGCCUGUGUCACUUAUUUUUUCUUUAAUAAAUUUUCAACACAUUUGUUAACUAAGGUUUAGCUUUUUAAAAAAAAAAAAAAAAGAUUGAUUGAUUAUUUAAAUGGCAGUUACAGGGCAAGAAGGGGAGAGAGAGAGGUAUCUUCCACCUGCUGGUUCACUCCCCAAAUGACCACCAUGGCCAGGGCUGGGCCAGGCUGAAACCAUGAGCCAGGAGCUUCUUCUGGGUCUCUAACAUAGGUGCAGAGGCCCAACCACUUGGGCCAUCUGCUGCUGCUUUCCCAGGCACAUUAACAGGGAGCUGGAUUAGAAGUGGAGCAGCUGGGACUCGAACCAGUGCCCACAUGGUGCUACGCCACAACGUCGGCCCCUGCUUCCCACUCUUGAGCCCACGGAGCACCCAGUCCACUGCCUGAUUGUGCAGCUUCGGGCUUUUCCUUGAGUUAAUGCUGGCUUUGCUUUGAAACCCGGGCUUUUUCCCAUAAUGCAAGCCUUCCAUUAUUUCUAGAAUUCAGGUGUGAAGGCAUCUUUUGAUGGGAGAUCUCUUGUUACUAACUCAUUCUCCUUCAUACCGGGUCUGCUCAGGUUUUUUGUUUCUUCCUGACAGUCUUGGAAGGUUAUAUGAUUCCACGAAUUGUUUAUACAUUUCUUCUGGGUUAGCUGGUUUGUCGGAAGUAUUUGUCACUUAAUUCUGUUUUUCCAAGAAACCCUUUCUAGUCUCUGUCUCCGUUUCUCCUGCUCUAUCUCUGUUAUCUCCUUCCUUUGCUACUUUGGGCUGUUGGUUCUUUUUUCUGUUUCCUUGGGGUAUAUGUUAGGUUGUUUGAGAGCCGCCUUCUUUGAUGGCGGCAUUGAAUGCCUACUGCUUUUGCUGUGUCCCCUUUGUUAUGUUGUGUUUCUGUUUCAUUUUUCUCAAGAUAUUUAAACUGUUUUUCAUUUCUUCUUUGAUGCACUGGUUGUAUAUGAACAGGCUGUUUAAUUUCCACUUCUUUGUGAAUUUUCCAGGAUUCUUGCUGUUGAUUUCUAGCUUCGUACCUCUGUUGAGAAAGAUUAUUUGAUAUGAUUUCAGUCUUCUUAAAUUUAGUAAACAUCUAUGGGUGAAACAGAAUAGAAUCCUGGCUUAGACUCGCAGGUGUGGGGCCCACUGGCUUUCAAUAAAAAUGUCCUGGAAUUUCAAGGGGGGACAGCUGAACUUCUUGGCAACUUGUACUGGAGCUCCUGGAUAAAAAAGUGAACUCGGGCCUUACCUCACAUUAGAUGCAAAAGCAGCUCGAAGUCGGUCCUUGAGCUCAACAUCAAAGCUAACACUAAAAACCAAGAACAGAAUAUAAGCCAAAACCUGCGACUUGGAAAAGCAGUCAUUUCUUGGGACACAAAAGACACAAACUAUUAAAAAGUCAAUAAAUUUAACAUCAUCAGAUUGAACUCUUCUGCUUUGCCAAACAUGUAUUUGGAAAAUGGAAAGUCAAAACAUGAGAGAUGAUAAUUCCAAUAAGAGAUGUUAUUGCAAUAUUUGCAAUAAGAAAUUGACCCAGCCGGCGCCGCGGCUCACUAGGCUAAUCCUCCGCCUAGCGGCGCCGGCACACCGGGUUCUAGUCCCGGUCGGGGCGCCGGAUUCUGUCCUGGUUGCCCCUCUUCCAGGCCAGCCCUCUGCUCUCUGCUGUGGCCAGGGAGUGCAGUGGAGGAUGGCCCAGGUGCUUGGGCCCUGCACCCCAUGGGAGACCAGGAAAAGCACCUGGCUCCUGGCUCCUGCCAUCGGAUCAGCGCGGUGCGCCGGCCGCAGCGCGCCGGCCGCGGCGGCCAUUGGAGGGUGAACCAACGGCAAAGGAAGACCUUUCUCUCUGUCUCUCUCUCUCACUGUCCACUCUGCCUGUCAAAAAAUAAAAAAAUAAAUCUCCAGGCCGGCGCCGCGGCUCAAUAGGCUAAUCCUCCGCCUUGCGGCGCCGGCACACCGGGUUCUAGUCCCGGUCGGGGUGCUGGAUUCUGUCCUGGUGCCCCUCUUCCAGGCCAGCUCUCUGCUGUGGCCAGGGAGUGCAGUGGAGGAUGGCCCAAGUGCUUGGGCCCUGCACCCACAUGGGAGACCAGGAGAAGCACCUGGCUCUUGGCUUCGGAUCAGCGUGGUGCGCUGGCCGCAGUGGCCAUUGUGGGGUGAACCAACAGAAAAGGAAGAUCUUUCUCUCUCUCUCUCUCACUGUCCACUCUGCCUGUCCAAAAAAAACCUCCAACUGGAGUCACUAUGUAGUCUAUUUUGCAUGUAUUACAGUCCAUUCAUUAUAUAAAAAAAUUAGUCACUAAAAACAGCUAAGACCAUGUAAGAGUCAAGCGUUGUGCACAGCGGAGUAAAAAUCACCGCCUGCAAUGCAGACACCUCCUAUCAGAGUGCUGGCUUGAGUUUUGGCUACUCUGUUUUUGACCCAGCUUCUUGCUAAUGUGCAUAGGAAGGCAGAAUAUGGCUCAAGUACUUGAGAGACCAGGAAGGAGUUUCUGACUUUAUUGCAGACAUAGGGGAGUGACCUAGCAGAUGGCAGAUACUUCUGUGUGUGUCUCUGCCUUUCAAAUAAAUUAAUAUAUUUUUAUUUUUUUAAAAAGACUAUGUAAGAAGGGCUGGUGCUGUGGUGUAGUGGGUAAAGCCACUGCCUGCGAUGCCAGCAUCCCAUAUGCUCUUCUUCUAAUCCAGCUCCCUGCUGUGGCCUGGGAAAGAAGUGGAAGAUGGCCCAAGUCCUUGGGCCUCUGCACCCACAUGGGAGACCAGGGAGGAGGCUCCUGGCUCCAGAUCUGCCAUCUGGGGAGUGAACCAGCAGAUGGAAGAUCUUUCUCUGUCUCUCCCUCUCUCUAUAAUUCAGCUUCUCAAAUAAAUAAAUAAAAUCUUUAAAAAAUUUUCCACAAAAAACAGGUAUUUAUAUUCUGUUAUAAUGGUAAGAAUGAGACCCAUUUUUAUCUGUGGUGUCAUACUACAUCUAGAAUUUUAGAUUCAAUUUCAAUUCUUUGGAAUCUUUAGAAAGAAAAAGAGAGAGACAGACCAACCACAUGGAUACACCAAGAAUCUAAGUAGCUUAUAUUAGAAGAUGCGAGAUCAGCUAAGACCAAUGAAAAUGUGCGAAGUAACCUACUGUAUGGGUUGUUUUGCAGUUUUCUUAUCUGGAAAUGUAGCAAAUCACUAAUUAAAGUCAGAUUAUCAAAAAUCUUCAAAAAUAUCCAAAGAUCCCCUCUUGUCCAACCAAACUGAUCAUUAGAAUACUUAGUACCUUCCCAGGGACCACUGAUUCCUACUUAAUGUCACUAUUUCUUCUGGGGCAGGCACUGUGGUGUGGCAGGUUAAGCUGCUGCUUAGGAGGCCUGCAUCCCACAUUAGAGUGCUCUGCUUCUGAUCCAAACUCCUGCUAAUGUAGAGGGGAGGCAGCAGAUGAUGGUACCUUACCACUGUUAGGAGAUCCAGAUGGAACUCCAGGCUCUCAGCUUUGGCAUAGCCCACUGUGUCUGCUGUGGG